UUCUUCGUCGCGAUAGCUUUAAACGGGUUUUCGGCCUUCAAAGCUUCACCGCCUAGGAGAGCUCGUUUUGACCUGACGAUGCGGCGUUGCGUUCGUUGCGCAAGCUUAUUCAGGUGCUGCUCUGUUGCCGUUUCUGCUCCGUCCUUCGCGCGCAACUUGCCUGUGCGCGAGAUUGAUCGCUACUUCGCCGGCAGUGAUGUUGUCUUAGAACGCCAGGCUGACACGUUGGAUCCUGGUGCAUCUUUCAAUGUAACCAUAUAACAAACGGAGUUUGAAUCUCAAAUCGAUAAUAACUCGUUGACAGGUAUUCAUUCCUUCGCUUACUACGACUACUCAACGAUUACUUACCGACCGCACGCGGUGCGGUUUCUGCGAACACCUAACAGAAGAGAGGGAACGAGACUACUUUCAUUGCAACAUGUAUUGCCUCACACGAUCGUCGGUUACGCAAAUAAUAAUAUUCAGCGACCACGCCUCCGCAAACUCCGACGUGCACAUCCAGUCUCAUGCAGCGCUGUCGGAAGCUUUUAGCCCUCUCUGAAACCUCUUGAAACAUGCCUGAUCGGUGAUGAAACGAUGGAGGCUGUAAAUCUCUGCUGACUAGAUUGUGCUCAGGGGAUAGAUAUGAGUUCGACAUCGACCAGAGCUCUUUUCCUCGACCAUCGCCCUCACUUCCCAACGGCGCCUUCAUUUUCUGCCGAACCUAGAUUUAUUGCCCAUAUGGUACGUAUUUUCC